GUCCAGGAGGCCCCAUCCUGCUCACCGUCCCAGGCUGCAGCACAGGCCCUGUUCAGACGGGGCCCCCUCCAGGUCCUGUAAAUCUGGUUGUGAUCUAUUUCUCUGUAUCGUGGACUCAGAAAUCCUGUAAAUCUAUUCAGGGAAACCCUGAGUGAUGUGGCAGAGCGGUAGCUUUAGAAGAGCUGUGAACACCAGGGGCUGUCAGCCCUGAGGAGCCUGGAGAGCAGCAGCCCAUGCAGAUCAGCUGUGGAGCAGCAGACAGGAGAGCUGACCACGGCAGCGAGUGUCGACCGGAAGCGGCCAGCAGCCCACAGGACCGGUGCCCAGCAUCCACAGCAGAGUCGAGUGGGGAACCCAGGCCCAGAGCCCUGGUGCUCAGUGCUCAGGGCUGAGGGACAUCGGUGCUCAGAGCGCAGAGCCCAGAGAGCAUGCACAGCUGGGGACAGAGGCGGGGCCUCGCUCUCUGGCACUGCUGGUCUUUUUAGACUUUAUUCUCUGUGGCUGGUUCCUCCUCCUCUUGGGGUCGCCUUGUCACCUCCAAGCCUUCCAGCCUGGUUUACUUCCUGCUGCGCCCAGCUCACCAUCUCCUCCUCCAUGCUCCGGGAGUCUCAGUUCUCCCAGUCACCGUCUGGGCUGGUCCAGCAGCCUGCGUCUCUCAGCUCCGGGGGUCUGAGCCGCGGAUGGGCAGGAGGAGGCCCGGGCACACUGCUGCUGCCAGCCACUGCCAGGCUGAGAGGGCUGGUGGCCCCCACUGCCCCGGGGCCCGGGCCCAGCACUGCCCCGCCGUCAGGUUCUCUGCCGUUCCCUCUCCCACUUCUCCCGGCAAACCCAGCCAGCUUCUCAGCUCCGGGCUCCAGGCGGGGACAGAAGCUGGAAAGUGGUCGUCGCAGGCCUGCGGCAGUGGUCGCCCUGAGCACCCGCAUCUGGCGCCGGUUCGAUUUUCUCUCCACUCUGGACAGAGCUUCUUGGGGAGCCUUGGGGUCCCACCUCGCUCCUCCCUGGGCUCUUAAAGCCAGAGGCGGAAUAACAAACCCUGACACAAAACGCCAGUGCGAGACUCCGGUCGGCCGGCGGCGAGGACCUGUGUGGACGCUGAGGACCUGGGCCAGGGACGGGCAGCCAACACCACACCUCCCAAGUCACACCCCAGCUGCCAGACGUCUUCAUCAGGACUCAGGCGAAUCUGGGGCCUCUCUGCCGUCUCCCCAGCAGCUCUGCGGAGGAGGGAGGGACCGCGUACCCGCUCUGUGACUCUUCCUCCGGAACACAACUCUUCUUGGGGCAGAAUGGACGCUAGGCCAGGUCAGCCUGUGGCCUUUCAGCCCAAAAGCUGUUUCCUCCCUUGCACCCAAGCACCCACCUCGGCUGUGACCCCGGCCAGCAGGGGUCCUGGGAGCCGCCACUGCCUUACUUGAAAGCCGGGGGUGGGGGGGAGGCAGCAGCUGGCGCGCUGGAGGAAGGACAUGGCAAGUGGAAGAUGAGCACUGUCACCGCCCUUAGGGGCUCAACCGCCGAGGUCACCUCAGGGACACCCAGUGGUACAAGUGUGUGACCAACCCCUUCACAGCCAACACUGGGGCUCCAGAGCUGAAACAUCCAAUGUGCAGCAAGAUUUCCCUUCAACUUCCUGAAGACAAGGAGCUGGGAUUUCUUCUCCAAUCACCGUGCCUCUGGGUAGAACAGUCUGCUGGCUGAGAGGCAGGGCAGGACAGCGCUUAGGAGCUGACUCGAGUCAGACGGGACUCCAGGCCUAUUUCAUCGCUCACCGCAGGCAGACUUGGGUUUAAAGUGGUGUCCACACCCUGAAGCCGGCGGCUGGUGUGUCUACAGCGCCGCCCACAGGCCACUGCCCAGCAUCUCUCCUGCUGGCGCCCGCCGCCCAGCUCAAGGCUCGGUCUUCCUGCCCACAGAGCCCUCCCUUCCUUCUCCUCGUCCCUGUGCCGCCCUGUGCGGGGCACCUCUCUAUCUGCCUGGCCCUGCGCCCUCUGCCUGCUGCGGCUGAUGCUCUGUAAACUGCUGAGCUGUGUGCAGCCCUGCACAGAGGCGGAGCAGCUUGGCCGCAGGCAGCAGGGACUUUGAGGCAUUGCUCUGGCGUCACCCGCGGACGCUGCUGACCAGCGAGCCCCGUGUCCCUCUCCGCAGGGCGUCCGUGCAGGGCUGCAGCCCCGUCUCCACAGCGCUGCGGGAGACAGUCCUGGCUCACUAAAUUAGGACAGGGAAGGACAUAAUCUCCCACUUCUGUUUCAUUUCAUCCCGGGAUAAGGCCGAAAGAGGCCGUGCAUUUCCCGGCCGGCCUGGUUUUCUUCUCAGUUGGUCUGCGUGUGUUUACCAAAUAGACGCCCCGGGCUCCCUAGCAACUCGCAGCAGGGCGAGCCCCUCCUGAUAGCCCGGAGACGGAUGAAUUGCUGAUGAGAAGGAUCCAUGAAGUUUUUAAUUGGUUUAGUUAGAUUAUUUCCAGUCAACAAUUCCUGAGUUUAGUGGUAGAAGAUAGAUCUGUUUUCCAUAAACGUUAAAUGCCAAACUUUUGAAUCACUCUGAGUAAAAACCUUUCCCUUACAGAGCUACUUGCUAUCAUUUGAUUUACAG